AUGAAUAAUUUACGACCCGUUGAGAGGGCUCUCGCUACGUUGCUGCCAACUCACGAAAAUGAAAUGCCGCCUGAGCUUCUCAGUCUCGCGCAGUCUUUUUUUGCGCAGUCUCGAAGUUACUCGUCGAGCUUGAAGCCGGAGGAGGAGAUUGCUAGACCCCAUGCUUGCGCUGAGAUUGCUUGUCGACGAUUGGCGCGGACAUUGAAACUCCCACCUCUGCUCGGCCACCCGCCGUGUCCCCCGCGAGUGUACAAAAAACUCUACACAUUCCUCGAAAAGUCUAUAGGAAAUGCAACUUCGAAGAAUAAAUCCGCACCUCCUACGCCAAACAAGCCUUCUUCCACACCCAAAAAGAAUGAUACUGCGACUUCCCGAACACCAUCGAAGCAGCUUAAUACACCAUCGAAAAGCACACCUCUAGAAAAGAGGGCUCUCCAUAAUGAAGCGAACAAAACACCAUCACGAAUGACCUCCGUAAAGCGUGCGCACUUUACCAAAGAACCACUGCAACUGUUAGAGAAUAUCAAAGAUGCGCCGCAAUUUGUCAUGCCUUCUAUCAGGACGAUCUGCAAAAUGCUGUCAACGCCUGCGCCUCGAAUGACGCUGUGGUCCAGACCACCUAUCUCACGGACAUUACCCCCGCAUAUCUUUGCAGGUGUCUCCUCGAUACUUCACUUUAUCUCCAAGAUGACUGAUAAGGAAGUUGACGAAUUGGAUGAAGAUGCCUCUGAAUUCGUCAACAUAAUACGCAACCCAGAAGAAGAAGGGAGCGAUGACUACAAAGAAGUCAUAAUGGCUCUUAUAGUAGCCAUCUACUUUUUGGUGCUUGCUCGCCGACGCAGUCCUCCCCUUAGCACCACGCCAGCAAACGGCAAACAACCCACGGUCUCCGACAACCCACCCAUGUCACCCGCCGCAGAACCCCGCAAAAUGGAUAAAAAGACCUUUUCUGAAAUGCGACAGACAGCUCUAUCAAGCCUGGGACUACCGCCAGCGGAGAAACGGCAUGGCGAGGACGUGGAUGCAUGGAUUGAGAUAAUUCAGACACUUAAAUGGGCAAAGGGGCAGGAAUGGUUUGAUAAUAUCCCGUUAGCCGGAGAAAGGGAAGACGAGCUUGGGAACGGGCUUUACGAUGAUGACGAUGAAGUUGAUGGAGAUGGGCAGGAUGGACGUAAAGCGCAGGGUGUGAAGCGUCGAAAGACGAAUAUAUUUUUACAUGCUGGCAAGGAUGAAGAGGGGUUGUUGUUGCCCGGGCUGGGGACGAUGAUGCAGGAUCGGGUUGAUUAUUUGAGUGAGGAUCGGAGGGAGGAUUAUGUGGAAUGGAAGGCAGAUAUGUUGGAGAGGAUUUGCAAGAUUAUGAAGACAGGGAAAAGAAUGGCUGUCUAG